AUGGGGGAUCAAUCAUGUAAUUUCUCGCCACGCCGCAAAGACCUGGUGCAGCAUCUGAUGGGUAGUCUUCACCGAGAGGCGUGCACAUGUUGUCCGCUGGAAAACUGCUAUGAAGACUCUAAGCUAUGUGGAUGGGAUAUCAACAACUGUCUGGGUUGUUUUCGGGCCAGGAAAGGUUCCCAGAGAGCGACCCGGGCUCCGAACGGGGGCUCGAAAUACGACGCCAACACACCUCCUCAACCACCGCUGUAUAUCAGCGGUCAGCUGAACCCCUUGCAGGAGAAAUCGUAUAGUUUCCGACAUUACAGCGACACGCGCCGCUAUAUGAAAGACUACCGUAGGAACUACGUCGUCGAGGACGAACACCUUAAACGUACCACCUUUGGGUUCGACUCUGAGCGGGCAGGGGUACCAGACCCGUAUGAAUUUAAGAUCUACCGGUACAGGGAACUUUUCCAGAGAUUGGACACCAUUUUGCAGCCCAAUGGUCCGGUAAAGACUGACGAAAGAAAAUGUUACAGCUCAUUCGUUAGACCGGUAGUUUCACGGUCACACGAAUGUCCUAGUAUUCCACCCAUUUUCUGGACAAGAAUUCUGGAGACGUUAAAAACAAGGACCCAUGUAAUGCCAAAAAGCCUGGGAGGCGAGUUCCUUACAAAGUUUCGACAUAGCAGGCCCGCCAAAGGUCAAACAAAGACGAAGGAAACUACGGUAGAAAAAAGUCCGACACUUGCGGGCAGUUCUCCCAAUCAUCAAGUAGAAUACAAGGAGUUACAAUUACCCAUCAUCCAAACUUCUUACGGAGUCAUGACGUCACCGGAGGAAACUGCAAAUGAGUCUACGGAUGAGCGCCCAUGUUCAUCGGAGUCAUCCGACUCGGAGUCACUAGCGCCGCUUUUGUCCGAGCGGGUGGAAAGGCAGCGGCCAAUGGGUGUCGAGGGAACCGAAAUACGCGCAGCAGUCAGAAAUGGAAGGUCGUGUCUCGAUUUACUUUACGGGCCGAGCGUGAAGUUUCCAUUUUCCGUCCAAAUCGUUCACGACGGGAGCGGCGUGCACGGUAGCAAGCGGAGUUACCAGCCGCCGCUUAAAAGGUCGUCGUCAGUACCGAUUCGAGAAAUGCCACCGAUAGAGGGCGUUUCUUCCUACAGGGUGAAACUGAGCGACGCAAAAACGCGCAAGAAACCGUUCAAAAGUUCCAGACAUGCCGACACCGACAAAUACGUCACAGCUGCUCGGGAGAAUUUCGAAAAAGCGCGGGAAAAGUUCUUCGGCAGCCGACCGACAUCGAGCAGUAUGAAGAACCGUGCUUCAGUGGCGUCGGUGAGAGAGUGGGACUUGCGGGAAGGUAUACGAGAGCCUCCCAUGCCCACUGAUUCUACUCAAAACCCUCCGAACUCUACAAAUGACUUUACUGAGACCUCCGACGAGAAAAUAUUGAAAACUAAAGUUGCUGAAAAUGUACAAAACUCAUCGAGCAUUCCCUCGGAAUCGAUUGGCAUAAACUUUGACGAACAUGAAAUAAGGGGGAUUGCCAUACACGAGAGAAGAACAGAGGUCAACCCUAAAGAUAAUCCAGAUAGUGUGCGGUGGAAAAGUAGCGUUUUGCACCAGAAACCGAACAUUAGCGAGGGUGGGCCAAAGAAAAGAGGAAAGCAGCAGUUAGAAAUGACUGUAAACGAGUACCGGAAUCGGUUCAGUCUGAAAGAAGAAGAGAAACAGCUGCAGGAGAAGUUGAGGGCGUCCCUGCGACUAUCACCAAUGAACCACUCAGUUAGCGGCGUCAAUGAAAACAAAGAACAGCCAAAGAAACAACAAGCCCCGUCAAAAUCAUCCACUGUGCGACAGGGACCAAUCAAGUUGCGUAUUAUGGAACUGUCAGACGCCCGGAUUCGGGAUAAGGAUGUAGAAACUAAGCUUGGUAUCAAAGGAAAAGCCACGGGCCCCGAAACGAAAUCUAAUCCAGUGUUGUACAGGGAAAAAACAGAUAGCUCAGGGAGUCAGCAAAGCGAGCCAUCGACGCCACGGCGAGGCAAGCUCGUCGAAGUGCCAAAGUUUUUGCCAACCCAUAUCAAAAUGACAGAAAUGAACACGGUUAUUGUAGAGGGAAACCCCUACGUCACGGAAGACCAACACAAAGCUUUUGUUGGAUCCAAUAAAACGAGAACCGCUUAA